AACGAAAUCAGAUCAUUUGAAUACGUACUUCAUUUUUGGCUUUGAAAGAAGGCUUUUGAAGCUCCUUAACAUGGAUUUCUCUUUUCGAAAUCAUUCGUAAAUACUUCUAAAAUGAUUGUAUUCUCAAAAGAUUAACGUCUGAAUGUAUUCUUGCGCAAAGACCAGGUGCUAGGCUCUCCGUCGGGAAGUCAAUUCAAUAUUGACAACCUUUAAAAAAGUCAAACAAAUAUACUUUAAUAAGAUGAGUAAUCUCUCUAGGAUAGUACGAGAAGGAUGGCUGAAGAGAGUGAAGAACCAGAAGAAGCGAUACUUUGUAUUGGGUUUCAACAAGGAAACAGGCGAUGCACAAUUGCUAUAUUAUGAAAAUCCCAAAAAGUACAGUGCAGAAACCGUUCCAAAGAGAGUAAUAUCUUUGCAGCAUUGUCUGGGUAUCACUAAGAAAGUUCAUGAGAAAUUUGGGAAUAUUUUGGCCUUGUAUACAAAGGAAGCAGUAUUUCAUCUCAAAGCAGAUACUGAUGAACUUCUAGAAGAUUGGUUUACGGAUCUUGAUAAAUUGCAUCAAAUGGAAUAUAAGAAUUUGCAGGAACUACAAUAUGACAUUGUGUGGAAUGUCAAGGUAGUUUCUCGAGGUCUUGGAGGUUUGCGAAAUGUUACUGGCUCAUACAAACUAUGUCUUAAGGAUAAUACAUUAUAUUUCAUUAAUCCUGUAUCACAAGAGAUCGUUAUUGAAGAGAAACUUUAUCAUGUGCGAAAGUUUGGUUAUUCAGAUAACUGUGUGUUUAUGGAGUUUGGUCGCUCCACAGCAUUGGGUCCUGGGGAAAUUUGGAUGGAGGUUGAUGAUCCAUUGAUUGCGCAGAAAGUUGAAGACAGUUUGUCACGGUCGGUGAAGCCCAGGUCUGCACUGUCAAUGAUUGAUGGCUCUGGUGGAAAUGAUGAACAAACAAUGGAUAAUAACAAUGAUAGUCCAAGAUCAAGAAGAUCCACAUUUAUACCAAAUUUGAUUCGAAAUAAGAAGAAAGGAAAAGACGUGGAAGGACGACAGCAUUCUAACUCUGUGUCAGGCAGCUCCGCUGAAGGAUCAUUUAUCUUCACUAGUAAGAAUGGCAGCUGCCCGCAAAAGAGUCGUAAUGGUGAUGAAGAGGAUUCAGAAGAGAGACAUUAUCCUAAGAUAACCCCUCCAGUCCCGUUUGGUCCUCGAUCAAAAUCCCAAUCCUCAGGGUCUUUCACUGCAGACGGUCAAUUCAUCCCAAGGAAGAAGGAAUCUCUGGAUCUUGAGACUAGAAGUGACCGAGUGAGGGUUGAUGAAAACACGUACACAAACAUAGCUCCCAGGCCCCGCAGAAGAUCCGAACGAAAACAGAACAUACAUGACGUUCGUAAGAACUUCGUUGAACAAUACCAGAGUUCGUCUCUACCGAGGCGAAGUAGCAGCAGCUCCAGCAGUGAUCCAGCAUGGCGUCGUAGUGUUGGAAGUGAGAAUAUUCACAUUGAUAACUACGACAGUGACCGCGAAGAUGGCGAGACAUUCCUUAAACACAAUCCACCACAGUAUGAAAUAAUGAAACCUCCUCGGCCUGUAGGAAGCGAUUCCUCUAUUGAAGACGUGGGGUUACCUGCGGGUUUUGACCCGUCGAGUUUUGACCCUUCGAGUUCUGAUCCCAGUUCAUACAUGCCUCUUAAACCUCCCGGAAGUACGCCUGAUGUUUACAUUCAGAUGACUCGCCCCAAAGCUGCGCCUGAAAAGCCGCGUAAUUCGUCUUCUCGUAGUUCAGAAUCGUUCCAGUCCGCGGAGGAAGGAGCAGGGGGACAAGACCCGGAUGUAAGUACGUACGUCAACAUGAAACCUGGAUUACGUCAUGUGUCGUCAUCAACCUCGUCUGACGAUGAAAGGUUUGAUCAUUUAAACCGCGGAGAAAAUACCAAAGAACAUGAAAACUAUGUAAAUAUGGCCCCUCAAUCAAAGCUUAAAAAAAGCCAAUCUCAAAUCCAGCGACACAAUGCUGGUGCUUAUAUGAAUGUUGAUAUGAAUCGCAGUAAAAGUGUCGGCAGUAAAUCGCCACGGUUUCGUAUAGUGCCGGAACCACCGACGUCACCGACCAAUAACAAUGAAAAGCGAGAACAGCCGAGCAGUUAUGUCAAUGUGAAGACGAAAGAGCCAUAUCCUGAACCUGAUGCGAAUUAUGCUAAUUUUACACCGCCAAAUUGCAAACAAAACGCGGAGAAAAAUGCCAGAAAAUUGAAUUAUGCUUCAGUGGAUUUCUCUAGGGAUAGUCCCCCCCAGGAAGAUUCUCCUCGCAGACCAAGGAAGAGCAGAGAGGAUAAUUAUUCCAGGAUUGAUUUUGAGAAGUCGACAGUGUUGGCUGACAUUUCAAGCACUCGUGAACGUCAGUUUCAUCAUGCGUGAAGGAUAUCAAGAGAAAUUAUUUUUGAUCAUCUUGUGAAUAGAAUUGUAUCAAUAUUGAUUACACGUAAGAUCCACGCAUCUUGCAAAGCGUUUCAAGCUGGUUGAUAGCAGCUCUAUAUCAGUUCUAAACUGUUCCACCUAGAGGUCCAGUAAGGAUCAUCUCUUAUUGAUCCAGUGUUAACACAGGAGGAAACCUAACCUGUUCUUUCCAGAGGUCUAUUUAGAAUCAUCUCUUAUUGAUCCUGUGAUCCGAACUAAUUUUACACAAGAUAGCUCUAUCGGAAGACAUGGGAUGCAAUCAUCAACCCAGCGUCAUCAAAAGUCUCGCAAUUUGUGUGAUUCUUACGUGUGUAUCCUUCACCAUCACCCGAACAGCGUUUGAAGAUAUCUGUUUUUGCACUUGAGCAUAACUGUAUAAUAUCACCCUAUUUUAUCUUCAACUUAUGAUGGAAUAUCACAUGAGCAAAUGAAAUAUUUUCACCAGAAUAUCAGAUCACAUUGAUCCCAAAAAUAUAAUCUAUAAAGUGAAACUGUAUCUUCAGAUAGAGCAAGAGAAUGUGGCAUGUGAAUAAAAAUGAAAUU